UUUGUCCGCGGGGAAGGUCUGUCUGCUUUCUCUAUUUCCAUUCUCUCUCUCUGUUCAUCAUCUCUUUCUCUCUCAAGCCAUUACCAUACGGUACAGGCAGCCUUUCUCUGUAUCUCACAAUUACAAAUCGCAUAAAGGAGCCCAACCCACCUCCUCUUUCUAAAGUUAUUAGAGAGAGAAGCCCACACCACUGCAAUUAUUCACUUUUCCUUCUACAUUUCUUUUCUUCUUCCCUUUUCUCACUAUAUCAUCCUCCUUUCUCUCUUUAUCGCCACCUCGUCCUUUCUUAUUCCUUUCUCUCUCUCUUCUCCCCACUAUUUCGCGUCAUACUUAGCGUUGACACUCGCGGAGAGUGAUUUCUGGUUGCAGCAGGCUCUGCGCACUGUGCACUUUCCAGAUAUCAGAUAGCUGGAGUUAUAAACGAUAUCUAAUUUGAAUUUUCUGUUAAAAAGCAGUUAUAUAAGCAGGAUUUCAGACAAUGUCUAGCUCUACAAAAGCUCUGGAUCCUGCAUUUCAGGGAGUAGGUCAAAGACCAGGGACUGAAAUCUGGCGUAUUGAGAAUUUUCAGCCAGUUCCACUGCCAAAAUCGGAUUAUGGAAAAUUCUACAUGGGGGAUUCUUAUAUUGUUUUGCAGACAACAUCUGGCAAGGGGGGUGCUUAUCUCUAUGACAUACACUUCUGGAUUGGAAAAGAUACAAGUCAGGAUGAAGCUGGAACAGCAGCAAUCAAAACUGUUGAACUUGAUGCAGUUCUUGGUGGGCGUGCUGUUCAGUAUAGAGAACUACAAGGCCAUGAAUCUGACAAAUUUUUGUCCUACUUUAAACCUUGUAUCAUGCCAUUAGAGGGGGGUGUUGCUUCUGGGUUUAAGACACCUGAGGAAGAAGUAUUUGAAACACGGUUGUACGUUUGUAGGGGAAAACGUGUUGUCAGAAUGAAGCAGGUUCCCUUUGCCCGGACCUCACUGAAUCAUGAUGAUGUGUUUAUCUUAGACACUGAAAAAAAGAUCUAUCAGUUCAACGGUGCAAAUUCCAAUAUCCAAGAACGGGCCAAAGCUUUAGAAGUAAUUCAGUUUUUGAAGGAAAAGUAUCAUGAAGGGACAUGUGACGUUGCAAUUGUUGAUGAUGGAAAAUUAGAUACCGAGUCAGAUUCAGGUGAAUUUUGGGUUCUCUUUGGUGGGUUUGCUCCAAUUGGCAAAAAGGUUAUUAGCGAAGAUGAUAUUAUCCCAGAGAGCACACCAGCUAAACUUUAUAGCAAUCCUGAUGGUGAGGUGAAGGUUGUAGAAGGUGAACUGUCCAAAGACCUGCUAGAAAACAACAAAUGCUAUCUACUGGAUUGUGGUGCUGAGGUAUUUGUUUGGGUUGGCCGUGUAACACAAGUGGAGGAGAGAAAAGCUGCCUGUCAGGCUGCUGAGGAAUUUAUUGUGAGCCAAAACAGGCCAAAAUCUACUCAUAUAACCCGGGUCAUUCAAGGCUAUGAGACAUAUUCAUUCAAAUCAAACUUUGAUUCCUGGCCAGCUGGGUCAGCAGCUCCUGGAGCUGAGGAAGGAAGAGGGAAAGUAGCAGCUCUGCUGAAGCAACAAGGUGUCGGUGUCAAGGGUAUGGCAAAAAGUACUCCUGUUAAUGAGGAAGUCCCACCUUUGCUUGAAGGAGGUGGAAAGAUGGAGGUAUGGUACAUCAAUGGUAGCGCAAAGACACCAUUGCCUAAGGAUGAUAUUGGUAAAUUUUAUAGUGGAGAUUGCUACAUCAUACUUUACACCUAUCACUCAGGUGAUAGGAAAGAAGAUUACCUUUUGUGCUGUUGGUUUGGGAAAGAUAGCAUGGAGGAGGAUCAGAAGAUGGCUGUUAGGUUGGCCAAUACAAUGUCCAACUCACUAAAAGGCAGACCUGUUCAGGGUCGCAUUUUUCAAGGCAAGGAACCACCACAAUUCAUCGCACUUUUUCAGCCAAUGGUAGUUCUCAAGGGCGGUUUAAGCUCUGGGUACAAGAAAUAUAUUGAAGGGAAAGGAUUGACAGAUGAAACUUAUACAUCAGAUUGUGUUGCACUUAUUCAGAUAUCUGGAACUUCAGUUCAUAACAACAAGGCAGUGCAAGUUGAUGCGGUUGCGGCAUCAUUGAACUCUACAGGAUGCUUCCUUCUGCAAUCUGGGUCUUCUGUUUUCACAUGGCAUGGGAAUCAAAGUACCUUUGAGCAGCAGCAAUUAUCUGCAAAAAUUGCUGAAUUUUUGAAGCCAGGAGUUGCUUUGAAACAUGCUAAAGAGGGAACUGAAAGCUCAGCAUUCUGGUUUGCACUUGGGGGCAAACAAAACUACACCAGCAAAAAAGCUUCUCCAGAAGUUGCCAGAGAUCCCCACCUGUUCGCAUUCUCAUUCAAUAAAGGAAAAUUUCUGGUUGAGGAAAUUUACAACUUCUCCCAAGAUGAUCUAUUGACUGAGGAUAUUUUGAUACUUGAUACACAUGCUGAAGUCUUCAUUUGGGUUGGUCAAUCUGUCGAUCCGAAAGAAAAGCAGAAUGCUUUUGACAUUGGCCAGAAAUACAUAGAAAUGGCUGCAUCUCUCGAGGGUUUGGCUCCAAAAGUACCACUUUACAAGGUUACCGAGGGAAAUGAACCAUCAUUCUUCACAACAUAUUUUUCAUGGGAUCCCACAAAAGCCAUGGUUUCUGGAAACUCAUUCCAAAAGAAGGCCGCGUUACUUUUUGGUUUUGCACAUCAUGCUGUGGAGGAUAAGUCCAACGGAAAUCAAGGGGGACUAACUCAAAGGGCUUCUGCUUUAGCUGCCUUAUCUUCUGCAUUUAAUCCUACUCGAAAAGUAUCUUCUACACGCCAGGAUAGAUCCAAUGGGUCAAAUCAAGGAGGAGCAACACAAAGAGCUUCAGCCUGGGCUGCUUUGAACGCUGCAUUUAAUUCAUCCUCUCAAUUCAAAGCUACCGUUUCAAGAACAGUUCGACCAAGUCAGGGAUCACAAAGAGCUGCUGCUGUAGCUGCUCUAUCAUCAGUUCUUACUGCUGAAAAGAAAAAAACGCCUGAAACCUCUCCAUCCCGCAGUCCUCCCCCGGAAACUACCUGUUCUGGGAAGAGUGAUAAUUCACUUUCAGAAGAGGAGAUUCCUGAAGCAGCUGCUGAAGUUAAGGAAACAGAGGAGGUUGCAUCUGUAUCUGAAAGCACUGGGGAGGAUUCAGAGCCAAAACAAGAUAUGGAGCAGAAAGAGAAUGGUAAUGGAAGCAGUGGAAGUACAUUCAGUUAUGAUCGAUUGAAGGCUCGUUCUGAUAACCCUGUAACUGGAAUUGAUUUUAAACGGAGAGAGGCCUAUCUUUCGGAGGAUGAAUUCCAGACUGUUUUUGGGAUGAAAAAAGAAGCAUUCUAUAAAAUGCCGAAAUGGAAGCAGGACAUGCUGAAGAGAAAGGUUGACUUAUUUUAGAAAUCACAUCCAUCAAAAAAGAUUUAUCUGCUUUCUUAUGCUCUUUGAGUUAUACGGCUUCAUUCAUCUUCAUUGCUUUCUUGAAAUUGUGGCUUCCUUGGUCCAUCUUGCCCGUCUUGCUGUGUCUAGCAUUUCCGUAUUUUGCUCUUUGAUGAAUCUAGCUGUGAUUAGCAUCCAUAUAUGUUUGUGAUUAUGCCUGAAGAAUGAGUUUUGCCCUUCUCUUUUUUUUUUCCUUUUUCUUUUUCUUUUUUUUU